AUGUUUCUCACCAAGCACUGCUUCUCAGCAGUAUCAAUAUCAUUGACCCUCCUCUCCCUCCUCCCGUCUCUAACCACCGCAGAAAACUGUAGCUCACUCCCCCUCGCAAUUCCAAUAACAAAUGUCACCCUCUCCACUGGCUAUAUCAGGCGUGGAAUCGCCGCAUCACUAGGCACGCCCGCCCAAGACUUCUCAAUGCGCAUCUCUACCAGCCUUAACAGCACCGUCUUCACCACAUCUACAAACUGCGUUGACAGCUCUACCAGCACCGAGAACCGCUGCAUCAUGGUCAAGGGUGGUGUCUACGACCGCGACAACUCAAAUACUUGGUCUGGGCCCAUGACGAAGCAGGAGUUUCUCAAAGUCGCCGCCGCAGACACUCUUAAGACCGUCGAUACUCUCGGCGAGGAGACGUUCAAAAUCGAUGGCGUGACUGUGACAAGCUUGCCGAUUGGCGUGGAGGAUGGUACGGAUAUAGGCACGAGCUCUCUUGGGCUCGCCAUGAACUCGAGUCUGGUGGAUGCGAUGGUGGACGCGGGGGAUAUUCCGUCGAGGAUGUGGGGAGUGGAUUAUGGGUGGGUGGGUGCAACGUCGGAUACGUGGGCGGACGGAGAGCUGGUGUUGGGAGGAUAUGAUAAGGCUAGGGUGAAGGAUGAUAAGCUGUACUCGCAGGCGUUUCCGGCGAAUCUGGCGGACUCGGAUGGGUGUGCACUGAUUGUCUAUAUCACGGGCAUCACGAUGAAGAAUAGUACGGAUAGUCUGGAUCUGAUGGAGUCAAAGGGGGAUUCUUUGAGGGCAUGCGUGUCACCCGACUAUGAUUUGAUGACGAUGCCCUACGACUUGUUUACAGUGUUCAACAACGCAAUGAACGGCGUCUACGACAACCGUACCACCGGUGAUUUCUACCUCUGGGGUUUCGAAUCCGACAAAGCAAAAGGCUACGAUGGCGAUAUGGAGAUCAAAUUCUCUACGGGCCUGACCGUGACAAUCCCCAACCACCAGUUGAUCCUUCCCUACCGCGACUACGACAACGAUGGCAAGCCUUACAUUAAAAACGCCAAACAAAACGUUCUCAUGAUCAACAGCCUACAACAGGUAAACCAAAACGAUCUCCCGCUCCUCGGCCUCCCCUUCCUCUCCUCGGCAUACCUCGUCGUCGACCCCGACCAGGGCAGAUUCCUCCUCGGCGAAUCCCAGCGCUCAACAACAUCCAACCUCGUCGCCGGCUCCCUCGACCUCUGUCCCGCCAACGCCGACUCCACCCCCACAGGGAUCAUCAAUAGCCCCUCAUCCACAUCCACGAGCUCCAUCUCUGCAUCAGCAACAAAUUCGACAUCAUCCUCUUCAUCCUCGGGCGCGGUCAUCGGCGGCAGUAUCGGCGGUGUUGCCGCUGUGGCGAUCAUUGGCAUCCUCGCAUUCGUGUUUUGGAGGCGCUCAAAGAAGCAGAAGAUGGACGAGGUGGAGAGCAGCGGCGCGACCGCCGGCGAGACAAUGCAUAUGGUGAGCGUGCCGCCGGAGCUGGACGGCAGCUCGACCUCCGGAAGUAUGAAUGUGGCGGGCGCGGGAGGGAUUAUGGAGCACUAUAAGCCGCCCGCGGUGUCGUAUGAGCUGCCGGAGACGAUACAUGAGCCCGUGUAUGAGGCCGACUCGAACCCGGUCUAUUACACGGAACAACCACAGCAGCAGCAGAAGGAGCAGCAGCACGCGAAAUGA